AUGGACUGUAACUGCGUCAGUGAUCUACUGCUUCCCCCGGUGCCCGCUCUCUGGACGCCAGGGUUUGCCUUCCCGGACUGGGCCUACAAGCCUGAGUCCAGCCCUGGCUCCAGACAGAUCCAGCUGUGGCACUUCAUCCUGGAGCUGCUGCAGAAGGAGGAGUAUCAGGGGGUGAUCGCUUGGCAGGGGGACUACGGAGAGUUUGUCAUCAAGGACCCAGAUGAGGUGGCCCGGCUGUGGGGGAUAAGGAAAUGCAAACCCCACAUGAACUACGACAAGCUGAGCAGGGCACUGAGGUAUUACUACAACAAGCGCAUUUUGCACAAAACCAAAGGAAAACGUUUCACCUACAAGUUUAACUUCAGUAAGGUGGUGUUGGUGAACUACCCCAUCCUGGACAUGGCAAACUCUCCCUUCUUUCUGGCCCAGAAUCACUUCAACGGGGGCUCAGCUGCACCAGACUGCAGCCCAGAGGCCAUACAGUCUCUGUUUCCACGUUUGCCAGACUCCGGCAGAGCCACAUCCCUGUUUGACCGGGGGACUACGGCACCGGGGCCCGAAGGAGACAAGCUGAGACUGGACACAUUACCAUUUCUCAGUUCAGGUGCCCCGUGCUACACUAAACCUCCAUCUCUGCUGGGUCCCUAUCCUCGCAACCCACCGUUUGACUACCCCUGGGGCUUCAACCCCUACCUCCCAGGGGCCUUCUCUCUCAAUAACUGCCCCAAACUGCCCCCUGGCUCCCUCUACCCCUCCCAGUUUUACCCCAACCCCUUGCAGAGUAGCCUCUCCCAGCUGCCUCACCCAUUCUCCUCACUUCUUCCCCCAGGGGAGGCAGGUGGGGGUGAGAGGGGUGCAGCAGGGCAAACCGGAGGGACAAACGGCACGGCGGGUGGUCAGCCGCCCAGGCUCUGUCUGCCGCCGUACCCGGGGAGCCUGUCCAUUGGCCGCACGGACAUGGGAGCAUCGCUGGCCGAGAGGGAAAGGGUGGAGGCCAAUCCUCCAGGUCUAGUGCUGGGGCUGGGGGGGGUCACCAUGGGAGCAGGAACUGGGACAGGCCAGCAGAGCCCCACGGAGAGGAGAGGAGGAGGGGUGAAGCAGGACCCGGAGUCGGACUCAGACCUGGAGAUCACAGAUCUGAGCGACUGCAGCUCAGAGAAUGAAAAUGAGCACGAGUUCAGCAUCGGCAAAGAAUCCGGCCUUGCAACCCGAUCACAGAUCAUGUUGGAUGGAAAGAAGGGGGGGGCCCUGCCACCCAUCUCCUCUCUCCCCCCACCAGUGUCCCCCCAUCCUCUGAAGAACAUGAUGCCCAUCACCCCCCCUCCCCCGUCCCUGCCUCCAUCACUUUCCCCCUCCAUGGCUCUGCAUGAAAGACACAGGGAGACAGAGACUCUCAAAAUGAUACACAGCUAA